AUGGAUCGCCUCUCGCUGGAUCAGGCUCUCGAAGUCGGUCUUCUUCAAGCUAGAUCGUUAAGCGUGCUUGAACAGCAAAUAGACAUCAUAGCACUGAGUCUUGAUAACCUCUUCUCUAGUCAAGCUGAUGACAAAGAGGGGGAGAAAGAUUUGGUUGCUAUUGCUGAUGUCUCUACAACUGAAGCUGAACCUGAUACUCAAAGAGCUGAAGCUAAUGAACCUGAGGUUGUUGAUGAUACCAUCACUACCCAUGAAGCUAAUGAAGAUGAGGUUGUUGAUGAUGCCAUUAGAGCUGAUGGUGAAGUUCAUGACGAAGACCUUCCUAUCACCCCUGCAGCUGACGCUGGUCAUGAGAAAGAUGAAGGUGAAGAUGAUGACGAUGAAGAUGACGAUGACUCUCCAUCCCUUCCUGAUGCUGGAAAGGAUCUCGAUGGUGAUGAUGAUGAAGAGGACGAUGACGACGAUUUCAUGAUUCAGUACCACGAACCUACCAGUGCUCUAAAAGGAGUCUCUCUUAGGGAUUCGUCAUCCCAAGGGGAGAAGAAGAGAAGGAGACUUUCUCAAAGAACCAAAACACCGCCUCAAAAUACAAAGGUGUUGCUGAAGAAGGAAAUCUCAAAAUUAUCUUCAAACCUAUCGUGCCUCAAGAUACUGAAUCCUCUAGGUUUGCAAUAG